AAAAAAAAAAAAAAAAAAAAAAAAAAAAAAAAAAAAAAAAAAAAAAAAAAAAAAAAAAAAAAAAAAAAAAAAAAAAAAAAAAAAAAAAAAAAAAAAAAAAAAAAAAAAAAAAAAAAAAAAAAAAAAAAAAAAAAAAAAAAAAAAAAAAAAAAAAAAAAAAAAAAAAAAAAAAAAAAAAAAAAAAAAAAAAAAAAAAAAAAAAAAAAAAAAAAAAAAAAAAAACAAAACAGAGGCAGCAGAGGAGCAGCAAGCAGAGCAAAGGGAGCAGGCAGGGCAGCAGGGGAGAGGGCAGAAAGAGGAGUCAAGGCAGGAGCAAAGGGGAGGCAGAGUACAGGGAAGGGACAGCAGCAGAAGGGGGCAAGAGAGGGAGGGCAGGAAGGGAGAAAAAGGUGGAGAGCAGGCAGCAAGCAAGCAGGGGGGAGAGCAGCAGGGCAGCAGCAGGAAAGGGGGGGGGAGCGAGGCAAACAGCGGCAGGCAGGAGAGCAGGAGGGGAGCGGCAGGAGGGCAAGGCAGGGGAGGGGCAGGCACAGCAGGGGGAGGGGGCCAGGAAGAGGGACAGAGGGAGGGGGGCAGAGGCAGGGGGGUAGAGAGGACAGGGCCAGGGCAAGAGCAGCAGGGGGCAAAAGAGGGCAAGGACAGGAAAGCGAGCAGGCCCGAGGGGAGGGCAGGGGCAGGGGGGCAGAGCAGGAGGCAAAGGCAGCAAGAGCCCGGCAGCAGGAAAGGCAGCAAGGAGUGGGGCAGCAGGAGCAGCAAAGCAGCAGCAGAGGGGCAGCAAGGGAGAGCAGAAGCAGCAGGCAGAGGGCAAAGCAGCAAGGGAGCAAGCAGCAAAGCAACAGGGGCAGAGGGCAGGGCAGGACAGGCAGCAGCAGGCAGAGCAGGAAGCAGGAGCAGGGGAGGGAGGGCAGCAGCAGAGGCAGGCAACAGAGGCAGAGUCACAGCAGCAGGGAGCACAGCAGAGGCAGGGGGAGGGCAAGAGCAGAGGCAGAGCAGCGAGAGAGCAGGAAGAGCAGGCAGCAGGCAGGCAGCGCAGGACAGGCAGCAGAGGGCAGGAGGAAGAGGCGCAGGCAGGAGACAAGGAAGCAAAGGGGGGAGGCAGCAGAGCAGAGGGGCAGAGGGAAAAGGAAGAGGGCAAAGGGAGGACACACAAAGCAGGCAGGGCAGGGGACAGCAGGCAAGGGAGGGGAGGGCAGAGCACAGGGCAAGGUGCAGCAAAGGGAGCAGAAGCAGGCAGAGCAGCAAAGGGAGGCAGGCAAGGAGCAAACAAAAAGGGGAGCCAGCAGGGCAGGCAAGGGCAGCAGAGGGCAAGGAGGGGCAGGCAGAGGGCAGCAGCAGGGAAGGGAGCAAGGGGCAGAGGCAAGCAAAAAAGGGAAGAGGGCAGCACACAAGGGCAGGACAAGGCAGGGGGAGAAAGGCAGGGCAGGGGAAACACAAGCAAGGGAGCAGCAGGAGGCAGAAAGGGGAGGCAAGCAGCAGGGGGGCAAGGAGAGCAAGGGGCAAGCAAGGGAGGAGGGCAAGGGGGGAAACAGGGCAGGCCAGGAGGCAGCAGCAGGGAGGGCAAGCAGGAGAGCAGCAAAGGAGCAACAGACAGCAGGGGAGCAGCAGGGAGGCAAGCAGGAGGAAGCAGCAGGGAGGGGGGCAAAGGCAAGGCAGCAGAGGCAAGAGCAGCAGCAGGCAGAGAGGCAGAGGGAGGGCAGGCAGAAAGGGCAACAGGGGCAACAGGAAGCAGAGCAGCAAGGAGGAGGGGAAGGCAGACAGCAGCAAGGGAGAGAGGGAAGGAAUCAGCAGGGCAGAUAG